UAAAACAGCCGACAGGGGGUGCUCGCGGUAACUCCUCAUUCCAUCACGCUUGGUAGGGGCUCUCGGGGGAUAGCCCUGCCUGGCUGCCUGUCAACCACAACCGGCUCGAAGCAGAGUGCUGCUACUACCCUUGUUGUUUUAAUGGCCUUGGUUUGAUGGGAGCAUCAGAGUGAUGGUCUAAGCGCUCACAGUCACAGAAGUGGGGAAUGUUGCGCUGGACUGUGCACCUAGAAGGAGGGCCACGGAGAGUCAACCAUGCUGCUGUGGCAGUGGGUCACAAGGUGUACUCCUUUGGAGGCUACUGCUCCGGGGAGGACUAUGAGACACUUCGUCAGAUUGAUGUGCACGUCUUCAACACAGUGUCAUUGCGCUGGAUGAAGCUGCCUCCAGUGAGGAUUACAGGACAUGAACGUGCCCGUGAAGUGCCAUAUAUGCGUUAUGGCCACACAGCUGUGCUGCUGGAUGAUACUAUCUACCUCUGGGGCGGGCGUAACGACACAGAGGGGGCCUGCAAUGUGCUCUAUGCUUUUGAUGUCAAUACUCACAGAUGGUACACACCCAGGACUUCAGGGACUGUUCCAGGGGCGAGGGACGGCCACUCUGCCUGUGUCCUGGGAAAGGCAAUGUAUAUAUUUGGAGGAUAUGAGCAGCUGGCUGACUGUUUCUCCAAUGACAUCCACAAACUGGAUACCACUACUAUGGUUUGGUCACUAAUUAAUGCCAGAGGAACUCCAGCACGCUGGAGAGACUUCCACUCGGCUACCAUCAUUGGGACAAAAAUGUUCGUGUUUGGAGGAAGAGCAGAUCGUCUUGGUCCCUUCCACUCCAACAAUGAGGUCUACUGCAACAAGAUCAGAGUGUUUGACACAGAGACUAACUGCUGGCUGACCACCCCUUCAACACAGCCACUACCAGAGGGACGCAGGAGUCAUUCAGCCUUUUCCUACAAUGGAGAGCUGUACAUAUUUGGAGGAUACAAUUCUCAUAUGGAACGACACUUCAACGACCUUUGGAAAUUCAAUCCAGAAAACUUCACAUGGAAGAAAGUUGAACCUAAAGGGAAAGGCCCAUGCCCUCGGAGGCGUCAGUGCUGUUGUAUGGUUGGAGAUCGAAUCAUCCUCUUUGGAGGAACCAGCCCCUGUCCAGAGCAAGGAAUGGGAGAUGAAUUUAACCUCAUGGAUCAUUCAGACCUGUAUAUCUUAGACUUCAGCCCUAAUUUGAAGACUUUAUGCAAAAUAGCUGUCAUUCAGUACAGUCUGGAGCAGUCGGGACUCCCACAUGAUAUCAGGUGGGAACUGGCAGCCAUGACAACCAACAGCAACAUCAGUAGGCCCAUCUUCUCCUCCCAUGGCUGAAGAAGCUUAAAAGUGAAGCAGAACCCAGACUCUGUUUCAGGACACUGGGCUUUUAUCUUUCUGAUCGAGGACGGUUUUUGUAUAGUCUGGAUCCGAUUUAUUUUACACAUUCUACAAGUGGAAACUUUUACUGACCAAAACAUCCCGUGUGAGACUCCCUUGGACACCAUCGGCUUUGCCCAGUCUGGGGAUAUUUUAACCCUUAAGAUGGAAAUCGUUGAUGCCUGUUCACCUUUUUUCUCUUCUUUCUAGCCUCUCUAGAAAUUCAAUCAGCCUAUGAUAAUCAUAGACUUCUAAUCUUAAGCACAGGAAGAGACAAGAACUUCAGCCAAAGGUUUUGAGAGCUAACCUCUUUGAGGAUUGUCAUCCAGAUGUCACACUCAUACAAAUGUGAACCUUCUGUUUCAAAUGCAAAUGGUUAAUUCACUUGCAGCGUUCCCUUACUUGGCCAUGUGCAACUAUCAGGUUCAUGGGCAGAUAGAGCUGGUGCAUGUUGAAUGAAAGGAGAAGAUUCUUUACCACAAUAUUGGAAUAUGAUCAUUACAAAAUAAGCUGGUUUUCAAUGUUUUGCCAUUUCCCUUCAUUGUAAUUCUGUCAGUACCCUACUUAAGUGGCUACAAGGUGAUUUGCAAGGCAGCCAAUGAAAAUGUCUGCCUUGUAGAGUGGAGUGCUUCUAUCUCCCUAAACUGCAUGCAUCAUUGGGCCUUUAAGAUUUCCCAUACAUUGAAUCACUAAAGGAGGCGUUUUGCAGGGAGGUAUUUGUGUUCUUCCAAGAAAUGCUGUAGUUUCACUAAAGGGUUCACCUGCCACCCCCUUGAAUAUGCUUUACAGUGCCAAACGUGGAAGGGAAUCUUGAUGCAAAGUGUGAGUGUGCGUGUAAGCUACUGGUCCUCGCCCACCUCAUUUAGUUUACUUGUUGUUGAGGAGAUCAUCUGAUAUGCAUAGUGUAGUUUCUUUUUAGAGACAAUCCCAUAGUUUAACGAUGUGACCCUCUUAUGUUUGCGCACAAUGACAGGCAAAAUUGCAGAUGUUUUAAAUGCACAAGGGCUGUUAACAGAUUACAUACCACACUGCUUGAAAAUGACUUGGAAAUUCUCAAAUUGGACAUUUAUUUAGGUUGGGGGUUUUUACAUUUUAUCUGACUUUUCAAAACGUGAUUGGUGGUGGGCUUUUAUUUCUUAAAAAAAAUAAAUAAAAAUAAUCUCAGCUUCACCCGCAUUAGUGAAUGAACAAGGCUGUUUCAUUUUUUUAAAUAUAUAUUGUCAACAAAUUCCCUAUAAAGACCAAAACAAGCUGUGUGUCUGUGCGAAGCCUUUGUUUCCACUGCAUGCUCAGUAAACCCACAUGGCUCUGAUGGUUCUGUCACUGAUACACAAAUAUACAUUUUGUAGGUUGGGUGAUUUUUAUUUUAUUUUUUUGACAACAGUAGUGUCUCAGGCUUUGGAUACACAGACAAUCUUUGAUUAAAUUGAAUAUAUAUUUUUGGUUUUGGCCUUUGUUGACAACAUCAGACUUAAUGAGCAUAAAUUCAUAGGUGAUAAAGGGUUAAGUUAUUUUAACCAUGGUUUUACUUUAAUCUGGUCCUGGGAAGGAAAUGCCUGAGCUAAGGUGGGAUUGGAAGCUGUGUAGCCACACACUCGUGAGGAUGUUUUAAGUGCCGGUCCUUGGGACCAGGUGUUCUGUUGCUUUCAGUCUCUGAUUAGCUGGUCGACAUUUAAAAACCAGCAGGGCUCUGGGUCCCAAAUAUUAGCGUUUAAUAACCUACAUCCUAAAUAUUUACAACUGUGUCAUAUAAAGCAGUGUUUUUAAAAAAACAAAACAAAACAACAACAACCCCCCCUUCCCCCCCAAAUCUUAAACAUUUAAGUAGCCAGAUAAGUGCACUAUAGCCAUGGUAUGUUUGACCUGACAGAGAGGAGACAUGUUGAUGCUGCGUUUGCCUAAACAGACUUCAAAGUUUGGGGCAUUUGGUUGCCCUAACCCCUUUACAGACCUGUGUUGCCACUGAGACUCGGUGACUCUUAGCCCCUGCACACGCAUGCAUAUUGACAGACUCUUGAUAUUCCUCAGAUAUUUCCAAUUAAACCCCAGGUUUCUUUCAUUUGUUUUGUGUAAAGUUUACAGGUGGCAUUUUUAGUAAGGACCUAAAAUUAAAGUAAAUUGCACCAUAGUCGGAUUUUAAAAAAAAAAAAAAAA